GACCUCAAUUCUCGCGAUACUGCGAAGUCCAACAUGGACGCGCUGGGGCACGAUAAGGGAAAAAUGAAAUCAAGCAGUAAUUCUUCAUCAACCGAAGAUCCGGAGGCUCAAUCCCCCGAAUUUUGUCCAGGUUUUAAAGACGUAGACGCAUUUGUUAAGUAUGGACUGGGGACGGUUGUCACUGCCACAAAAGCGUCUGCAAACCUUCCCCAAGCGGGGGACGAAUAUGACUUCUACCGCAGCUUCCCUGGAUUCCAAGAGUUUUGUGAAACUCAAGGAGAUGCACUACUGCAUUGCAUGAGCAAGUUAAUGCAGUACCAUGGCUGCAGGGCUCAUAUGAGAGACCGCAAUAAGUUAACCGGCCUGGAAGAGCGGUUCGACCUGGUGGUGGAUUCUAAUGACGUCAUUCUGGAGAAAGUGGGUAUCCUGCUUGAUGAGGCAUCAGGAGUGAACAGGACACAACAGCCCAUCAUGCCUGCUGGGAUUCAGCCUCCCAAAACCAUUGUGUCCAGCUGGAAUCGCAAGGGGAGAGAUUUUGGCCAGGGGGGCUCGUCCGAGACCUUCCGCCUCCUGCAUGCCAAGAACAUCCAGAGGCCCCAGCUGAAGUUCAGGGAAAAGGUGGACCACAGCAACACCCCGUUUGUCCCCAAAAUAUUCAUCAAGCCCAAUGCCAUCAAACCGCUCCCCUCAUAUUUCGCCAACAAGCACAUCCGUAAGGAGAGGCCGGAGGACCUGGACGUCCCUGCAGCCCUGGCUGACUUCAUCCACCAGCAACGGACGCAGGAGCACAUGGAGGACAUGUUUGCGCAUCCUUAUCAAUAUGAACUGGAUCAUCUCACCAUACCAGAGAGUUUGCUUUCAAAACCUGAACCCCAGAUGUACAAACCCCUCUCUGAGACCAAGUGUUUGUUUGUGGAUACCCUGGAGGAUCUGGUGGGCCUGAAUGAAAAGCUGGCCCAGAGUUCCGAGUUCGCAGUGGAUCUGGAGCAUCAUUCCUACAGGAGCUUCCUGGGCAUUACUUGCCUGAUGCAGAUCUCCACAAGAGAGGAGGACUUCAUCAUUGACUGCUUGGAACUGCGCAGUGAGCUGUACAUCCUCAACGAGACUUUCACAGACCCCUCUAUCGUCAAGGUGUUCCAUGGUGCUGACUCGGAUAUCGAGUGGCUUCAGAGGGACUUUGGCUUGUACGUGGUCAACAUGUUUGACACGCAUCAGGCUGCCCGGGCCCUCAACCUCGGCAGGAACUCGCUGGACCACCUGCUGAAGCUGUACUGCGACGUGAACGCGGACAAACGCUACCAGCUGGCCGACUGGAGGAUAAGGCCUUUGCCGGAGGAGAUGUACCAGUACGCGCGGGCAGACACCCACUACCUCCUGUACACCUACGACCGCCUGAGGGUGGACCUGUUCGAGGUGUCCAACGGCCAGCCGACUCUCCUGCAGGUGGUCUGGCAGAGGAGCAAGGACAUCUCUCUCAAGAAAUACCUGAAGCCCAUUUUUACGGAGGACUCGUACAUGGAGCUGUACAGGAAGCAGAAGAGGAGCUUCAACACCCAGCAGCUGGCCGCCUUCAGGCUGCUGUACGCCUGGAGGGACAAGCUGGCCAGGCGGGAAGACGAGAGCACAGGGUACAUCUUACCCAACCACAUGCUGAUGAAGAUAUCUGAAGAGCUGCCCAAAGAGGCCCAGGGCAUCAUUGCGUGCUGUAACCCCGUGCCUCCACUGGUCCGCCAGCAAGUCAACGAGCUCCACCUGCUGGUGCAGCAGGCCAGAGACAUGCCCCUCCUCAAGGCUGAAAUACUGGUGGAGAAGAAAAAAGCACUGACACCAAAAAGAAAGUCCGAAAGUACCUUGUUUGGACCACAUGACACGUCCCGUGGCUCUGAAAGCGAUCUUCCGGAUUUCUCCUCCCCAGGUUCUCUGGCUAAACCAGGGGUGCUGUUCUCUGAGGACGAGGACGAGAUCGGGAACACGCAGAAUUUGGGCGGUCUCGUAGCUUCAGCCAAAAUCACACUGUUUGAAGACAGCGACGGAGUCAAGGAGGAAAUGCACCUCACAGUCGCUCAGCAGAAAGCCUGCAGCAUAAUGGAGUCUUUCCAGAACCCUUUCAGAAUGUAUUUGCCUUCAAAGGACAGCAACAUUCACAUCUCGCAAAACGCAAAGUACGACCCGUCGUCCAAAGUGUACGAGAUCAGGAACCGGUGGAAGCUGCAGAGUUUGGAGCAGCAGAGGAAGGAGGCCCAGGCCAAGCAGGAGGCCAGAGCCAAGGCCAGGGAGAAGGCGCAGAGAGCUGCAGAGGAGAGGAAGAAGGCUCAACAAACAUACCAGGAAUCAUUGCAGGAUGUCCUGACUGUCAGGCAGCAAAAAUUAGGAGCAAAGAAACGGGAGAGGAGACCCAGCGAUCUUCAAGAUGAGACCCCAAAACCUAAAGCUAAACAGCCCAAACCCACAGAAAAGCCGGUAGUAGAGCAACCUCCCCCUCCACAGGCCGACUUCAAGCCCUUCGACUACAGCCAGUCGGACAUGAAAGUCUUCGCUGGGGGGAGAGCCAAGGAUUCCAUGCAGUUCGAUCCGAAUCGACAAGCCGCAGAACCAAGGAAUAAGAGAAAUCCAAAGGGACAAAAAAGGGACUCUUCAGCCGGGAACAAAAGUAUGUCUUACUUGGCUGGCAAAUCUGAGAGGGGGAAUAGACAAAAUUGGCCCAAAAGAUAGAUCAUCAUGUGACUGCAUUCAUCUUUGCAAGUUUGUCCGUGGAACACAUCUGUUUCUUGGACAAUUUUUUAUUUUGUAAAAAGGCUGUUUUGUGGAACUUUAUGCCUUCCAAUUGUAUGCAUAUGUUGUGUAUACCAAUAUUUAAAUUAAGGUAGAAUUCCUCAUUUGCAGCUCUGUGGCAUUUUAAAAUGAUGUCCUGAUGUUUUUUUUUUUCUUCUCUUGCCACUUAUUAGAAAUUAAACUAAUAAACCCAGUAUUUGCUAGUUAA